AUGUUAAAGAUAAGAUGUAAAAUUACAAAAGAAGAUGGAACUGCUGUUGCUGCUGAUGCUGUGGGUGUAACAAAUAAUUUUUUACAUACAAUGAUUAGUCAAUGUGAUGUUUUAUUUAAUCAAAAGUCAGUCUCUGGAUCUAAUUCUUCAUAUCCAUACCGCGCAUAUAUUGAAACAUUAUUAAACUAUGGAUCAGAUACAUCAAAUAGUCAUUUACAAUUGGGACUAUGGUUUUUAGAUACUCCAGGUUUCAUGGAAGCACCAUUAGGAGCUGCUGCUGGAGCAGAAAAUAAAGGAUUGCAAGAUCGAUCACUUUUUAUGACUAAUGGCAAUCAAUUUGAGAUGCUUGGCCAUUUACAUGUUGAUGUUUUUAAUCAAAAUAAAUUUUUAUUGAAUGGUAUUGAGAUGAAAAUAACUUCAACACGAUCAAAGAAUGAAUUUUGUUUAAUGGACAACACAGAGGAUGGGAAUUAUAAAGUAAAUGGUUUAGAAGCAACAGUCAUCAUACGUCGUGCUAAGCUCAAUCCAAGUGUACUUGUAGCACAUUCCAAAGCAUUGGCCAAAACGACUGCAAAAUAUCCCUUGACUAGAGUAGAAGUAAAGAGUUUUCUUUUAGCUCAGGGUAUAUUAUCAAAUACACUCAACAAUAUUAUACUAGGAAGUUUACCAAAAAGAAUUGUUGUUGGUUUAGGUGAUAAUCGAGCAUUUAAUGGUCAUAGAAAAUUUGAUCCAUUUAAUUUUCAAAGUUUUUUUUAA